AUGACAGAUAUUAAGCCUGAUAUAAAGAAAGAAAAUUCCGAUAUGAAAAAGAAUGGAGCAGAAAGAGACGACGUUUGCAGAGAUUUCCUGAAAAAUAUUUGCAAUCGUGGCUCGCGAUGCAAAUUCUAUCAUCCAGAAGAAGUGGAACGUGAACGGGCACAAGACUCGUCAGGAUCAAAGCAGGAAUUCAAUUUCUGUAUCGAUUUUCAGAACCGCGGCUGUCAUCGCGAGAAUUGUCGAUUCAUUCAUGCUCAUCGUGAUGAUGUUGAACGCUAUAAAUCAACUGGUGAAGUAACACUAAACUUGGCGCGUGCAAUCGCUGCGGUACAUACGGGCGAUACGAUCAACGGAAUCCCUUUCUGCAAAGAAUUUCAAACGGGCAUUUGCUCUCGCGGCUCAUCGCGUUGUCGCUAUUGGCAUGUGAAUGUUGAAGAGGAGCGCGAACGUAGACGCCGUCAUCAGCGCGGUCUUCCUCUAGGUCCUGUUCAUAUGCGUGGUGCAGGUGGUAUGCCAGCGAUGCCACCACCGUACGGCUACUCGGCACCGUAUGGUGCAGGAGGUACGCCCAGGCGCCCGCUUCCAUACGGUGGCGGCAGUGAAUCAUAUGACGCAAUGAUAGCUGCAGCAGGCGUGAAGCGUGCACGAUUCGAAGCAGUAGAGGCAGCAGCAGCGAGUCAGGAUUAUGCGCGUGAGUUGGAACGCAAAAAUGCAGAGUUGGCGAAAGAGAACGAAGGCUUAAAGCGAGAGUUGCAACGUGAGCGUGAACGAUAUGAGGAUUUGUACGCAUUGUUUCGACAACGUGGCGCGGGAGGCGCACCUCCAACGCCAGUACCUGGUCCAGAUGCUGUGGCUGCUGCGAAUAGCGGUGCCUUCGGUGGAGGAGGUGGGGGUUAUGGUGCUCCCGGUGGCGGUAAUCCUAAUGGCGCACCACCCUACUAUUCACCAUCCGUACAAACCAACUGGACGAGCGCUGCGCAGCGUUCACAUUGGGCUCAGUGA